AUGAGCGCAUACGACACCGCCGUGACUGUAUCCAAGGUCGUGACGAUCAUCACGACGCUCAUGAUGCGCGUCUCGCUCUUCCCGGACUGGAACCGCUGGCGGAAGAACCGAAACACCGGCGAUAUGUCCGUUCUACCGUGCGUCCUCAUCUUCGGCAACUCGUACGCGUCGCUGUUCUACGCGUACGCCAUCGACGACUUCAUCCCCCUCUUCGCGACGUCGGUCCUUGGUGUUGUGGUGGGGGUCUUCCUCGGCUACUGCUUCUACCUCUGGGCUGCGGACCAACGUCAAGUAGUGAGGGUCUUCGUGGUCUUCUUCUUCGUGUGUCUGGCGAUAACGCUCUACGCCGUUCUCGCCAUUUGUGGGAUCACGGGUCAGUCAAAAUCUUCGAUUGGGACGUCGCUAGGCUUUGUCACUAUUGGAACCACGACGUUGAUGUACGCGUCGCCGAUGGCCACCAUCGUGAGGGUGAUCCGGACCAAGACUGCGUCUUCGAUGCCGUUCACGAUGGGCGUCGUGAAUGUGCUCAACAGCUUCUGCUGGGGCGUCUACGGCGCCCUCGUUCACAACAUGUUUCUGUUGGCGCCGAACAUCGUCAGAGUGUCGCUCAGCGCCACGCAAAUGAUCGUCACGUACAUCUACAGGAGCAAGGAGCCGAGAGAGGAGCAGAUGGUCUCCACGUCAAGCGAUGAGGAUAUUCGAGAUGUGGUGGUGGAUGUUAUGGCUAUUCAACCCGACCAAAACAAUGGCGGUGAUGCAGUAGACGCUGUCAGUUGCCAGAAGACUUCAAGUUUUGUGGCAAUGCGUUCUCCAUGUCACCGCGAUACAGGUGCGGGAUCAAUGGACAGACAGGAGUGA